AAUCUUUUUUUACUUACUCUCCACUCAAAUUUGCUUUCUCCAGUAGCUGAAACUUGCUCUUCCUCUCCUAGCCAUGGCGGUAUGUAACUGCUUCCUCCGAGCUCCACCGCUCUCUCGCUUACUCCUACCGGUUUUAUCUCGCCGAGGUUCUACUCUAUCCCCCGGUUAUGAUCGGCUCAAAUCCACCGUAAUGUUUUCCUCCGCCGUGGACCGGAGCACACCUUUGACAUCACCGGUCCGAGCUGCAGUAAAACGCGUCUCGCGCAGAGAAGAUGAUGAAAUAGCUUCGGCUUCUGAUCUUGAAUUUGAGACGCCUUUGAAAAUUGUUGAGUAUCCGGAUCCUAUACUAAGGGCUAAAAACAAGAGGAUUGUUGUUUUUGAUGAGAAUUUGAAGAACUUGGUUGAUGCUAUGUUUGAUGUUAUGUACAAAACUGAUGGCAUUGGGCUCUCAGCACCUCAAGUAGGUCUCAAUGUUCAGCUCAUGGUGUUUAAUCCAGCUGGGGAGCCUGGUGAAGGAGAAGAAAUUGUUCUUGUUAAUCCAAAAAUCAACAAAUUUUCCGAUAAGUUAGUACCGUUUGAUGAAGGGUGCCUAUCCUUCCCAGGGAUUUAUGCUGAAGUAGUUCGACCACAAUCUGUCAAGAUUGAUGCAAGGGACAUUACUGGCGCAAGAUUUUCAAUCAGUCUAUCACGUUUACCUGCACGGAUCUUUCAGCACGAAUACGACCAUCUGGAGGGAGUGCUCUUCUUCGACAGAAUGACGGAUCAAGUUCUUGAUAGCAUUCGUGAAGAGCUAGAGGCCCUAGAAAAGAAAUACGAAGAAAAAACUGGAUUGCCAAGCCCUGAAAGAGUACAAGCUCGACAAAAACGGAAAGCAGGAGUUGGUUUUGGCAAACGUUGAUGAGACAUUCUCGUUCAAAUCCCCUUUCAUCUUCGUGAUUUAACUAUGGUAUAGGAAGCAGACAAUGACAAGAAACACGUUUGCUUUUAGAGGAGCUAUGUGACGCCAAUCUCCCAAACAGGAUGUACGGUUGAGACACAAAUCAUAUAUUUCAGAAUCUUUUUGGCUGAGUAUUAUACGUAUUCAGAUCGUCUGUUUUGCACUAUUAUCUAAUGUUGGCCUAUUAGCUUGAGCUUUGAAACUGCGUUUACAACCAUGUCGUGGUUUACCUUGUUAUAAGUAAAAUGUGUUAGUUGUUUACUUGUGUUGGAGUUUUUGGUAAUUAGACUUUUGAUACAUUGUUUACUUCUUAUUUGGUACAUUUACUUUGCAUCCCUCAGAUGUAUGGACUAUAAAGAAUUAUAUUGCUUGUGAUG